GUAUUUUCCUGGCAAUUGGAUUUUCCGUUCUAAAACGGGUUUUGAAAAACAAAAAUUUGUAGUUUUUUGAUUUUCAUUUUAAAAUCCAAAAAUUAAAAUACAAGCUAUAUUUGGUCAGGAGCCAGACAAACAGAUUAUACUUUUGGCCCCUGACCAUAUUUCCUUUUCAUGAUCAAAAGGGGAUAUAUGAAACUUUAAAUAUGCUUUGAUUUUUAUUUUAUAUUUAAAAUAACAAUAAAAUAAAAUCAGGAAGAGACAGAAACGAAAAAAGGUCCGGUUUUCUUCAUUGUCUGAGACCGGAAGGGGUCAUCAGCAAGUGUGGAGCCAGAGUACGGUGCAGAGAUUGUAUAUAAUUUUAUUUUUGGUUAGUUUUCAUGGUCAAAAUGAGAGAUGAGGUGGUUGAUCUUAAAAUAAAUUAAUACUGAAUUUUUUACUGAGCUUUACAGUUUUGCAAAGCCAGGGGGCGGGGCUACUUGAUAAACAGAACGGACUGAUUGACAGGUCCUGUGGAGGAGACAGCCCCGGCUCUGCUCUCCUUGUUUGGAUAAUUUCUGAUAUAAUAACUGUUGGUUUAUUUAUCGGUGGAGCAGCAGAACCUCUUCCACAAACAGUUUUUCUGCCUGUUGGCUUGUUUUAACCAGUUUUCUACCUUCGGCUGAUUCUACCAACAGACACUGAAAGGACUCUGAUUGGUCGGUAAGUUAAUGUUUAUUUUCUUAUCGGUGCCGCUUUUAAUGCACUUUAUAUGCAACUGUAGUGUCAGAUAUAAUGUGUGCCAUGCACUCCAGAUGUUGGUGGAGUUUAUUUCGAUGUGUGUUGACCAGAGAAGAGAGUUAGCAUCCAGUAAAUAUUAGCUUUAAUGUUAGCGAUGCUAACCGAGCUAGCUGCUCAGUCGUAGCCUGAUUAAAGCUAACGUAGCAUUAAGCUAACGAUGUUUGUGUUGUUUCAUGUAAACAGAUGAAGUGUGUUGUGUUGCUGUAAUGUGGUGCAUUUAGUUAAUAAAACUGUCAGUGGAGACGCUGGUUCACAUUAAUGUAACGUUUAGAAAACCUAAAUGCGAUUAAAACAGUAAGGUUAAGGUUCUGUGUUGUCAGUAGUCCUGAAUAUCUGCUGAGUCUCUGAAGUUAAACUGGAGAAAACUGUAAAUCUACUCUCUCAUGAUUAACAUUGUUUAUUGACUGAUUCACAUGUUGUAGUAUGUAUUCCUGCAGUGUAAAUUGGAAAAAUAAACUCCCAGAAUAUGACCAAAGUAAUGAUGAACACUACAGUUAUUGCAUUUAAAUUCCAGGACAGAUAAGCUGGAUAAUAAAAUCCUCUCCUCUAAAGCCAGAGUGACUACAGGUCUUUCUGUCUUUCAGUGCAUGGAAAAUAUAUAUAUGACAGAGGAAAUCUUUCCUAGGAUACUUUAUCAUGAACCUCUGCUGUUGAUGCUGAUACUGUGACAUCUGUCUUCAUCUCAGGUGUCUCAUGUUCACUGUGAGGAUCUUCUGAGUGAAGCCAACAAAAGGAAAACCUCAUCUGGUUGUGAAGAAGCAGACUGAAUGGAGGACAUCCUCAGUGAACCACUUCCUGUUUAACUUUCAAUUACAGAAGGACAGACCAACUGUUUCAGCAGUUUAUUAUCCUCUGUUCAGCAGACAGGUGCUCUACUUUGGAGUGUGACGAUGUCGUCGGUGCUGUGGAGAGUGAAGUUUCCGUUUCACCCACAGCGUGCUUUAGGACACCCGGAUCAGACUUGAUGUUUGAAAUACUGACCGAUAGCUCAGAUUUAACUGUCUGUGGUUCGAUGGAUGUUAAAUUUUCACUCAAAGCCUCCAGAAGCUGGGUUUUUAAAAUAACCGCGGUCUGGUUACAGAGUGAAAGUAGCAAUUCUUCCUUAAGGUCAGAGAUUGCAGCAUCUGAGGGCCUCCUCAAAAGAAGACGUAGUUGAUGAAGAUGUUCUGGAGUAGAAAGACCACGACCAAGCAGCCUAGAGAUCUUAGGCUGCGUCUCCCUCAGGUGGGUGUCAACGGUGUUCACGGUCAGGUCUGUGGUAAUCCUGUCAAAAAACAGAAAAAAAUCUAGAUUUUAAAUCAACAUGUAGCCAAAGCACUCUGUGUUUAAUGCCAUAGUAUAAGAUGUAGUUCAGAAAAUGUCAAAGUAUAGUUUACUUUUCAAGAAUAACAUAGUAUGGCCUGUAGUUCAUAGGAUAACAUUUCAGCAAAAAAAACAAACAUAGAUAAUUAUGUGGUUCAAAAAGUGCAAAAUGACAGGAUGUUGCCUAAAAUUGUCGUGUAUGAUAUGUGGUUCAAAAAAUGUCAUAGUGCAGUAUAUUGUCAGAAUAGUAUGUCAUUCAAGAAAACAUCAGAGGAUAAUGGUCUAAAAAAGCCAUAGAAUAAUACUUCAUUGCACAAGUAAAAGUGGGCUUUGCAGUGAGGAACAACCUGCUGAAUACAGUAACAAUGGCUCAGAAUGACUCCUCACCCUACGCCUGAACACCACAGCAGGCCCCAUCACUCUCAUCAGUGUGUAUGCUCCAACACUCUGUGCUACACCUGACAUUAAAGACGAGUUUUAUGAUCAACUCGCAGCCACGAUCAGCAACAUCUCAAACAAGGAACAACUUAUACUUCUGGGCGACUUCAACACCAGAGUAGGAGCUGAUCAAGGAUCGUGGCCUUCUUGCCUUGGAAAGUUUGGCAUUGGCAAGAUGAACGACAAACAGAGACUGCUCGAGCUAUGCACUUAUCACAACCUCUGCAUAGCCAACUCCUUUUUCAAGGCCAAACCUCAGCACAAGGUCUCCUGGAGACACCCGCGUUCAAAGCACUGGCAUCAGCUGGAUCUUAUCCUGGUCAGACGAACCAUUAUCAAGAACGUCCUCCACACACGCUCUUACCACAGCGCAGACUGUGACACAGACCACUCCCUGGUGUGUUGCAAGGUCAGGCUCCAUCCGAAAAGGUUCCACCGUGGCAAGAAGCAAGGGAACCCUCGCAUUGAUGUCAGCAAGAUGAGCCAGCCUGACCUUGUAGAGCAAUUUGCUGAGAGGUUUGACAGCGAACUAGAAACCUGACAGCCAGGGGGACUCCGCUACUGCGAAGUGGACCACCUUGCGGGAUACCAUGCACCGCAUUGCCUUGGCCACCUUUGGAAAAAACACCUUGAAAUCACACAACUGGUUUAAGGCCAAAUCCUCUGAGAUGACCCCCAUCAUAGAAGCAAAGCAUGCCGCUCUCACAGAGUACAAGCGGUCACCCAUCGAAAAAAAUCUACAGAUUCUUCGAGCUGCAAGGAACAAAGUCAAACACACUGCAAGACGCUGUGCCAACGAAUACUGGGCAGAGCUCAGCGAAACCAUGCAGACUGCCGCAAUUACUGGGAACAUAAAAGGGAUGCAUGAAGGCAUCAAAACAGCAAUGGGCCCAACUCAGAACAAGACAGCUCCCCUGAAAUCCACCACAGGGGAAGUCAUCACAGACAAGGGACAACAGAUGAAGAGAUGGGUGGAACACUACUCUGAACUCUAUUCCCGACAGAAUGUAGUAACAACUUCAGCCCUUGACGCCAUACAAUGCCUACCUGUUAUGGGGGAGCUUGACAACGAACCCACUAUUGACGAACUCAGCAAGGCUAUCAACAGCUUGGCCUCAAGGAAAGCUCCAGGCAGUGAUGGGAUUCCCACUGACCUGAUCAAACACUGCAAGACUACACUAUUACAGCCUUUACAUGAAGUCCUCUGUGAGUGCUGGAAAGAAGGGGCCGUACCACAAGACAUGAGGGAUGCUAAGAUCGUCACCCUCUACAAAAACAAGGGAGAAUGCAGUGACUGCAACAACUACAGGGGCAUUUCCUUACUCGGCACUGUGGGCAAAGCUUUUGCUCGGGUCAUUCUGGUCCGACUACAGAAAUUAGCUGAGCGUGUGUAUCCAGAGUCGCAGUGCGGCUUUCGAGCUGAAAGAUCAACAAUAGACAUGGUCUUCUCCCUUCGCCAGCUUCAAGAGAAGUGCAGAGAGCAGCAGAUGCCCCUGUACAUCGCCUUCAUCGAUCUGACCAAAGCGUUCGAUCUCGUAGCAGAGGGUCUCUUCAGAAUUCUACCUAAAAUUGGCUGCCCUCCUAAACUACACAGCCUGAUUGAGUUCUUCCACAACAACAUGCAGGGGACUGUGCAGUUCAAUGGCAGCACCUCUGAGCCAUUCAACAUCAGCAGCGGUGUCAAACAGGGCUGCGUACUUGCCCCAACCCUUUUUGGAAUCUUCUUUGCCUUGCUUCUAAAACAUGCAUUUGGCACAUCAAAAGAAGGGAUUUACCUGCAUACAAGAUCAAAUGGCAGGCUUUUCAAUCUCGCUCGCCUCCGAGCCAAGACCAAAGUGCGUGAAGCACUGAUAAGAGACAUGCUAUUUGCUGACAACGCAGCAGUAGGAUCCCACACUCAGCAAGAACUUCAGUCACUGAUGGACCAUUUCUCCCAGGCCUGUAAAGACUUUGGGCUUACCAUCAGCCUGAAAAAGACUAACGUCCUGGGACAAGGAACAGAAACACCACCAACCAUUACCAUCGAUGAUUACGAGCUUGAUGUGGUCCACCAUUUCACGUACCGAGGUUCCACUGUCGCCAACAACCUAUCCUUGGACGUGGAGCUUGACAAAAGAAUUGGAAAGGUGGCUACCACACUCGCACGCCUCACUACAUGUGUGUGGUCCAACCCCAUGCUCACAGUGAAGACCAAGAUGGCAGUGUACAACACCUGUGUCAUCAGUACACUGCUAUACGGUAGCAAGACAUGGACGACAUACGCCAGACAAAAAAGACGCCUGAACACCUUCCACAUGAGAAGCCUCCGCCGCAUCCUGGGAAUUUCGUGGAAAGACAAAGUCCCAAACAUAGAGGUCUUGUCUCGUGCGGGUCUGCCUAGCAUGUUCACCUUACUCAGGCAACGCAGACUCCGCUGGCUAGGCUACGUUCACCACAUGCCAGGCUGCCGCAUCCCCAAAGACUUGUUGUAUGGUGAGCUGACCACUGGAAGUAGACGCACUGGACGCCCACAGCUGCGAUACCGUGACGUUGCGAAGCGUGACAUGAAGGCUGUGGGUAUUGACACAGAGACCUGGGAAAAUCUCGCUGCUGAUCGGUCACAAUGGAGAGGAGCCAUGACCAAGCACCUCAAAAAAGGAGAAGAGAAGCUGACACAAGCCGCCACAGAAAGGUGGACCCGCAGAAAGCUUUGUGUCAGCUCUGUCCAACAGACAGCAUACAUAUGCAACACUUGCAACAAGGACUGCCACUCACGCAUCGGUCUCCACAGCCAUAGUCGCCGAUGCUUCAGCCAAGUACACAACAAGGAUGCUAUACCCAUAGUCGACCCUGACUGACAUUUUGGACAACAUACUAACCUAUGACGUUUUUGGUCACAUUUUGGAAGACAUACUAAACUAUGACGUUUUUGGUGACAUUUUGGAAGACGUACUAACCUAUGACGUUUUUGUCACCUUUUGGACCUCAUACUAAACUAUGAUGUUUUUGUCAGUUUUUAGGCGACAUACUAAACUAUGACAUUUUUGGUGACAUUUUGGACGACAUACUAACCUAAUACGUUUUUGUCACAUUUUGGACGACAUACUACGCUAUGACGUUUUUGUCACAUUUUGGAGAACAUGCUAAACUAUGUUUUUUUUGUCCACGUUUUGGAGGAAAUACAAAACUAUGACGAUUUUGUCACAUUUUGGAUGACGUACUAAACUAUCACAUUUUUGGUGACAUUUUGGACGACAUACUAAACUAUGACGUUUUUGUCACAUUUUGGACGACAUACUAAACUAUGAUGUUUGGUGACAUUUGGACGACAUACCAAACUGUGACUUUUUUUCAUAUCUUGGACGACAUACAAAACUAUGACGUUUUUGUCACAUUUUGGACAACACACUAAACUAUGACAUUUUUGGUCACUUUUUGGAGGACAUACUAAACUAUGACAUUUUUGGUCACAUUUUGGACGACAUACUAAACUAUGACUUUUAUUCAUAUUUUGGACGACAUACUAAACUAUGACGUUUUGGACGACUUACUAAACUAUGACGUUUUUGUCAGUUUUUGGACGACAUACUAAAGUAUGAUGUUUUGGAAUGCCUGUUUAGCUCAAUGGGUUAAGCAGGUGAACCAUGUAUAGGUAUAGGGGUUGGUCUCCGAUGCAGCAGCCUGGGUUCGUUUACUGCAAGUCUUUUCCCAUUCUACUCCCCUAAUUCCUGUCUCUCUCUCGCUUCGUCUAUCCAAUAAAGCCAAGAAAAGGCCAUAAAAAUAAUAUUUAAAAAAAUAAAACUGUGCCGUUUUGGGCGACAUACUAAACUAUGACGUUUUUGGUGACAUUUUGGACGACAUACUAACCUAUGACGUUUUUGGUCACAUUUUGGACGACAUACUAAACUAUGACUUUUAUUCAUAUUUUGGACGACAUACUAAACUAUGACGUUUUGGUGAGAUUUUGGACGACUUACUAAACUAUGACGUUUUUGUGAUAUUUUGGACGACAUAGUAAAGUAUGACAUUUCGGAACGCCUGUUUAGCUCAGUGGGUUAAGCAGAUGAACCAUGUAUAGGGGUUGGUCUCCGACGCAGCGGACCGGGUUCGGUUCUUGCCCGUGGCCGUUUACUGCAAGUCUAUUCCCCUAAUUCCUGUCUCUCUCUCGCUUCAUCUAUUCAAGAAAAAGCCGUAAAAAUAAUAUUUAAAAACAACUGCCAUUUUAGACGACAUACUGAACUAUGACGUUUUUGUCAGUUUUUGGACCACCUCCGAAACUCUGAUGUUUCGGGACGCCUGUUUAGCUCAAUGAGUUAAGCAGGUGAACCAUGUAUAGGGUGUGGUCUUGAACGCAGCGGCCCGGGUUCGAUUCCCGCUCAUGUACCUUUACUGCAUGUCUUUCCUAAUUCUACUCCCCUGUUUCCUGUCUCUCUCUCGCUUCGUCUCUCCAAUAAAGCCAAGAAAAGGCCAUAAAAAUAAUAUUAAAAAAAACUGCCAUUUUGGACGACAUACUACAGUAAACUGUGACAUUUUUGUCACAUUUUGGACGACAUACUAAACUGUGACGUUUUUGGUCACAAUUUAUACGACAUACUAAACCAUGACAUUUUUGGUCACAUUUUGGACGACAUACUAAACUAUGACAUUUUUGGUCACAUUUUGGACGACAUACUAAACUUUGACGUUUUUGGUGACAUUUUGGACGACAUACUAAACUGUGACGUUUUUGGACACAUUUUGGACAACAUACUAAACUAUGACGUUUUUGGACACAUUUUGGACAACAUACGAAACUGUGACUUUUUGGUGACAUUUUGGACAACAUACUAAACUAUGACGUUUUUGGUCACAUUUUGGACGACAUACUAAACUAUGACAUUUAUUCAUAUUUUGGACGACAUACUAAACGAUGACGUUUUUGUCAGUUUUUGGACGACAUACUAAAUUGUGUCUUUUUGGAAUGCCCGUUUAGCUCAGUGGGUUAAGCAGGUGAAGCAUGUAUAGGUAUAGGGUUGGUGUCAAACGCAGUGACCUGGGUUCGAUUCCUGCUUGUAGCGGUUUACUGCAAGUCUUCUCCCCUAAUUCCUGUCUCUCUCUCGCUUCAUCUAUCCAAUAAAGCCAAGAAAAGGCCAUAAAAACAAUAUUUAAAAAAACUGUGCCAUUUUGGACGACAUACUAAACUGUGACGUUUUUGUCACAUUAUGGACGACAUACUAAACUAUGACGUUUUUGUCACAUUAUGGACGACAUACUAAACUAUGACGUUUUUGGUGACACGUUGAACGACAUACUAAACUAUGACGUUUUUGGUCACAUUUUGGACGACAUAAUAAACUGACAUUUUUGGUCACAUUUUGGACGACAUACUAAACUAUGACAUUUAUUCAUAUUUUGGACGACAUACUAAACUAUGACGUUUUUGUCAGUUUUUAACGACAUACUAAAUUGUGUCAUUUUGGAAUGCCCGUUUAGCUCAGUGGGUUAAGCAGAUGAAGCAUGUAUAGGUAUAGGGUUGGUGACGAACGCAGUGACCCGGGUUCGAUUCCUGCUUGUAGCGGUUUACUGCAAGUCUUCUCCCCUAAUUCCUGUCUCUCUCUUGCUUCAUCUAUCCAAUAAAGCCAAGAAAAGGCCAUAAAAACAAUAUUUAAAAAAACUGUGCCAUUUUGGACGACAUACUAAACUGUGACGUUUUUGUCACAUUAUGGACGACAUACUAAACUAUGAUGUUUUUGGUAACAUUAUGGACGACAUACUAAACUAUGACGUUUUUGUCACAUUUUGGACGACAUACUAAACUAUGACUUUUAUUCAUAUUUUGGAUGACAUACUAAACUAUGACGUUUUGGUGAUAUUUUGGACGACAUAGUAAAGUAUGACAUUUUGGAACGCCUGUUUAGCUCAGUGGGUUAAGCAGAUGAACCAUGUAUAGGGGUUGGUCUCCGAUGCAGCGGACCGGGUUCGAUUCUUGCCCGUGGCCGUUUACUGCAAGUCCAUUCCCCUAAUUUCUGACUCUCUCUCGCUUCAUCUAUUCAAGAAAAAGCCGUAAAAAUAAUAUUUAAAAAAAACUGCCAUUUUAGACGACAUACUGAACUAUGACGUUUUUGUCAGUUUUUGGACCACCUCCUAAACUCUGAUGUUUUGGGACGCCUGUUUAGCUCAAUGAGUUAAGCAGGUGAACCAUGUAUAGGGUGUGGUCUUGAACGCAGCGGCCCGGGUUCGAUUCCCGCUCAUGUACCUUUACUGCAAGUCUUUUCCAAUUCUACUCCCCUGUUUCCUGUCUCUCUCUCGCUUCGUCUCUCCAAUAAAGCCAAGAAAAGGCCAUAAAAAUAAUAUUUAAAAAAACUGCCAUUUUGGACGACAUACUACAGUAAACUGUGACAUUUUCGUCAGAUUUUGGACGACAUACUAAACUGUGACGUUUUUGGUCACAAUUUAUACGACAUGCUAAACCAUGACAUUUUUGGUCACAUUUUGGACGACAUACUAAACUAUGACGUUUUUGUCACAUUAUGGACAACAUAAUAAACUUUGACGUUUUUGGUCACAUUUUGGACGACAUACUAAACUAUGACGUUUUUGGACACAUUUUGGACAACAUACUAAACUAUGACGUUUUUGGUGACAUUUUGGACAACAUACUAAACUAUGACGUUUUUGAUCACAUUUUGGACAACAUACUAAACUGUGACGUUUUUGGUGACAUUUUGGACGACAUACUAAACUAUGACGUUUUUGAUCACAUUUUGGACGACAUAAUAAACUAUGACGUUUUUGGUCACAUUUUGGACGACAUACUAAACUAUGACGUUUUUGGUCACAUUUUGGACGACAUGCUAAACUAUGACGUUUUUGGUCACAUUUUGGACGACAUACUAAACUAUGAUGUUUUUGGUCACAUUUUGGACGACAUACUAAACUAUGACGUUUUUGGUGACAUGUUGAACGACAUACUAAACUAUGACGUUUUUGGUCACAUUUUGGACGACAUAAUAAACUAUGACAUUUUUGGUCACAUUUUGGACGACAUACUAAAGUAUGACAUUUAUUCAUAUUUUGGACGACAUACUAAACUGCGAUGUUUAGGAAAGCCUGCUUAGCUCAGUGGGUUAAGCAGGUGAAUCAUGUAUCGGGAUUGGUCUCCGAUGCAGGGGAGCGGGUUCGAUUCCUGCUCGUGCCUGUUUAUUGCAAGUCUUUUCCCCAAAUUCCUGUCUCUCUCUCACUUCGUCUAUCCAAUAAAGCCAAGAAAAAGCCAUAAAAAUAAUAUAAAAAACCCCCCCGCCAUUUUGGACGACAUACGAAACUAUGACGUUUUUGUCAGUUGUUGGACCACCUCCUAAACUCUGAUGUUUUGGAACGCCUGUUUAGCUCAAUGGGUUAAGCAGGUAAACCAGGCAUAGGGUGUGGUCUCGAAUGCAGCAGCCCGGAUUCAAUUCACGCUCAUGUACCUCUAAUGCAAGUCUUUCCCCAUUCUACUCCCGUUUCCUGUCUCUCUCUGGCUUCGUCUCUCCAAUAAAGCCAUAAAAGUAAUAUUAAAAAAAACUGCCGUUUUGGACGACAUACGACAGUAAACUGUGACAUUUUUGUCACAUUUUGGACGACAUACUAAACUACGACGUUUUUGGUCACAAUUUAUACGACAUACUAAACCAUGACAUUUUUGGUAAAAUUUUGGACGACAUACUAAACUAUGACAUUUUUGGUCACAUUUUGGACGACAUACUAAACUAUGACAUUUUUUGUCACAUUUUGGGCGACAUACUAAACUAUGAAGUUUUUGAUCACAUUUUGGACGACAUACUAAACUAUGACAUUUUUUGUCACAUUUUGGACGACAUACUAAACUAUGACGUUUUUGUCACAUUUUGGACGACAUACGAAACUAUGACAUUUUUGGUCACAUUUUGGGCGACAUACUAAACUAUGAAGUUUUUGAUCACAUUUUGGACGACAUACUAAACUAUGACGUUUUUGUCACAUUUUGGACGACAUACUAAACUAUGAAGUUUUGGAUCACAUUUUGGACGACAUACUAAACUGUGACGUUUUUGUCACAUUUUGGACGACAUACUAAACUAUGAAGUUUUGGAUCACAUUUUGGACGACAUACUAAACUAUGACAUUUUUGUCACAUUUUGGACGACAUACUAAACUAUGAAGUUUUGGAUCACAUUUUGGACGACAUACUAAACUAUGACAUUUUUUGUCACAUUUUGGACGGCAUACUAAACUAUGACGUUUUUGUCACAUUUUGGACGACAUAC